GAGACAAAUUCAAAUUUUUUUUCAGUGAAAUGAAUUUUGCGCGCGAUUUGUGUGAAAUGCGAUAAAAAAUACUCAAAAACGUCUAGGAAAAUAGUUGCAACAGUGUCUCAGUGCUUUUAGAGAUAAGCGUUAAAGGGGCCAUCAGGGAGGGGUUUUGAGUGCUUAAAUGGAACACUGUGCGCUCUGUUAGCAAAGUGCAAUGCAAAUUUAUGUGAAUUCUAAUUUCGUUUGCUAAUUUUGGUUUUUGGAAAUUUGCAGAAUUUCAAUCGAGAAUCGAAGCAAGCGCGUUUCCGAAAAUAAACACUGGUGGACAAUGGACAUUCGUAUGGACUUUCGUGCAUAUAUAGUGUAGAAGAGUGGCAGGCGUUUAAAAAUAUGCCGAAAUGUACGAAUUUUCCAUUCGAUUUUGUCAUCUUUAUUUGUGUUUUCACAUUUUGCUCGCUUUUCCGCGGUGUUUACUUUGCCAACUUUGAUGUGACGGUUUCUGUUUUCGCCGAUUUCGAAUGGUGAAUUGUAAAUAAAGAAAUAGCAACAAGCAUGGCGUGUUCAACAAAAACUCUGAAAGUAUUUUCUUUGAUUUGGGAUAUCCUCUAUGCGCUGCUCGGCUUGGUCAUCAUUGGCAUUGGCGCAUAUGUAAUCAUCAAACUUGAAUAUUUCAAUACCGCAGCCUUCGUAAUACUCGGCUUGGGCAUCGUGGUGAUCUUGACCGCUGUCUUGGGUUCACUGGGUGCGGCACAUGAAAGCAGCCAGAUCUCCAAAACGUUCGCUAUCAUACUGCUGCUAUGGGUUGUGCUGCAAACACUAUCGGUUGGCUUCUUAUGGAUCUUCCAAACGACAAUGCUGAUCAACAUUGAUCAAACCUUCGAUGAGUUGUGGGGCACGCAGACAGUGCCCAUCAAGCCGGGCAACGCUAGUCAUAUAGCGAGCAUUGAGAGAUGGCUCGAUUGUUGCGGCAAUAUCGGCUCUAGCGAUUACCUGCUCCCGCCCAAUAGCUGCUACAACAGCGUUACGGACAAGCUCAACCUCGACGGCUGCCGGCAGAAGUUCCUCGCGUACGCGGCCGAGCGCUGGCAGGCGUUCAAUUUCUUCGCCAUCGGUGUGGUGUUGGUCGAGCUGAUUUGUGCCGCUUUCGCUUGGGUCUUGGCCAACAGCAUUGUGAAUCGCUGGCGCCGCUCGAAAUACUAUCCCAAAUAAGCAGUUUAACGCGAUUCAUUUAAAUGCGCACAAAGGCCAAAGAAUUUCUACACACACAUACACACAAACUUAGUAGGUGGAAAGUGUGUAUGCAUAGCUGAUUAGAUGCAGUUACAUACGUACACAACUGUACAUACCUAUCGAUGUAUUUAUUUUAUUGUUUUUGCUUUUUUGUUUUUCUUAAAAUUGUUUGAUUUUUUGUUUUGUUUUUGUAAACAAAGUCAACACACAACGAUAUUUUGUAGAAGUGUUUGUUCUGACGCUGGAAAAUAUGAAAUUCAUUUCGCUAGUCUACCUCAACAUGCUCAUAAAUUAGCUAAGCUACUAAAGAAAACAGUAAAAGUGCCGCUCUGAACACAGCUUAGCUGGAAAAUAUUUAAUUACCAACACAAACGCCUACAUAUGUCAGCGGGAAUAGACACAUAUUCAUACAUAUAGACGAAAUUUAUAAAUAUGCAAGUCAAACGAAACGAAGGUGCCAAAAAGGGUGUUCAAUAGGCAGUAAAUUUGAAAAAAAAAUUAAAUAAAUUUGUAAAGAAAAUUAAAAGAGAUUACGCGAAGUGUAAAAAAAUUUGAA